AUGACGGAAAGGCUACGCAUACUAGUCAUUGGCUCCGGCGGGCGCGAACAUGCGCUCGCCUGGAAAUUGGCCAGGUCGCCGUCCGUCGAUGUCGUCCACAUCGCACCUGGCAAUGGAGGAACGGAAUCUGACAAAGUCAUUAACGUGAAGAUCGCGGCCGAUGAUUUCACAGAACUGGUUUCAUAUGCGAGGAAGCAUGGGCUGAACUUGGUGGUAGUCGGCCCGGAAGCACCACUGGUAGACGGCAUUGAAGGCUUCUUUCGGGCGGUCGGCAUUCGCUGCUUCGGCCCCAGCAAAGGCGCUGCGCGGAUGGAAGGAUCCAAGGCCUUUUCGAAAGACUUUAUGCGAAGACACGGCAUCCCAACAGCAGCCUUCCGAAACUUCACAGACUACGAGUCGGCUCGAGACUAUCUCGACUCUGUCAACCAUGACGUCGUUAUCAAAGCGGAUGGAUUGGCUGCUGGAAAAGGCGUCAUCAUUCCCACCACCAAGAAAGAGGCACAUGAUGCUUUGAAGCAGAUCAUGGUUGCUCGCGAGUUUGGAUCUGCCGGCUCACAAGUAGUGAUUGAAGAGUUUCUUGAAGGCGAGGAGUUGAGUGUCCUUACCUUCAGUGAUGGCUACACGAUAAGGUCGCUACCGCCUGCUCAGGACCACAAACGUGCUCUGGAUGGAGAUCAAGGCCCAAACACUGGAGGCAUGGGCUGCUAUGCACCUACAAGAGUCGCUUCGAAAGAGCUGAUCGCACAGAUUGACAGAGAAAUUGUCCAACCUACCAUUGACUGCAUGCGGCGCGAGGGCAUGCCGUUUGUUGGCAUGCUCUUCACUGGGCUGAUGAUCACCAAGAACGGACCGAAAGUGCUGGAAUACAAUGUCAGAGGAGGCGACCCCGAGACCCAGACUUUGCUGCCGCUUUUGAGCGACGAGACAGACCUCGCCAAAGUCAUGCAGGCCUGUACCGAGCACUGGUUAGAUGGUGUUGACUUGAAGAUCGAACCCAAGUUUUCUGCCACUGUGGUUGCCUGCGCUGAAGGCUACCCUGGCACGUACGCGAAGAACAGGCCUAUCACAUUGCACACACCCCCGGAAGACGUGCUGGUAUUCCAUGCCGGGACUGGCAGAGACGGAAAGCAGGUCGUGUCGACAGGAGGCCGUGUGAUCGCUUCAACAGCAACGGCAGCGACCUUGGAAGAAGCGGUAGCCAAAGCCUACAAGGGCAUGGCCACGAUUAAGUUCGAUGGAAUGCACUUCAGAAAUGAUAUCGCCCAUCGGGCGUUCAAGAGAAAAGCCCAAGGAGAAGUCCACGAAGAAGCUGCAAUGACGUAUGCGUCGGCCGGUGUGUCCAUCGAUGCAGGAAAUGAUCUAGUCGCCCGGAUCAAGCCAGCUGUGAAAGCAACCUCGCGACCUGGCGCUGACUCCAUCAUCGGCGGCUUUGGUGGUGGAUUUGACUUGACAAGAGCCGGCUACCACGAGAAAUCACCCAUGUUAAUUGGUGCGAUUGAUGGGGUUGGCACCAAGCUCAAGAUCGCCCAUGCAAUGAACGUUCACGACACAGUCGGCAUUGACCUGGUAGCCAUGAACGUCAACGAUCUCGUUGUGCAAGGUGCCGAGCCACUGAUGUUUCUUGAUUGCUACACUUGCAGCAUUCUGGAUGUCGACAUUGCCAGUGAUUUCAUUCGUGGCGUCUGCGAAGGAUGCAAGCUUGCCAAUUGUGCACUCGUCGGAGGUGAAACAGCGGAAAUGCCAGGUCUUCUUAGUGGAACCGAGUACGAUGCCGUCGGCGCCGCGAUAGGAGCUGUUGAUACUGCAACUGGCAAAAGAGUGUUGCCCGACAUGGAGAGCAUGGUUGAAGGCGACGUGCUCUUCGGCCUGGCUUCAAGUGGUAUUCACUCGAAUGGCUUCUCGCUGGUCAGGCGCAUUACCGAAAAGAUGCAUCUCGCUUUCUCAGAUAUGGCACCUUGGAACUCGGAAACAACCGUCGGUCGAUCUCUCCUAACUCCGACACGUAUCUAUGUCGUCUCCUUGUUACAGGCGGUCAAACGAGACUUUAUCAAAGGGAUGGCACACAUCACAGGUGGCGGCCUGACCGAGAAUGUACCGCGAAUGUUGCCAAACCACCUGGCCGCCGAGAUUGAUGUGUCCACCUGGGACCGCCCUGCCGUGUUCAAAUGGCUCCAAAAAGCCGGCAAUGUUAGUAAUGAAGAGAUGAGCCGGACCUUCAACAAUGGCAUCGGCAUGGUGCUUGUUGUUUCCAGUGUCGCUUCCGGAGAAGUGAAGAAGAUCUUGGAAGCUGAAGGCGAGACGGUGUUCAGGAUUGGAAGGCUUGCUGGCCGACAACAAGGCGGUGAAGGUUGUGUCCUAAAGAACCUGGAUUCCUGGAACUCUUCUUAG